UGCGCAUACGAGACGAGGGCGUUUGCGCAGGUCCGAAUUUCCUUCCUCUUGGGCCCAUUUCUGUUAGCCUGCUGUAAGCUUCCUGAUCUGUGCACCGUUUAUUGUAUGUACUGAGCGGCGUAGACAGAAUGCUUGGGGCUGACGGCCCCUCCCUCGACCCUUUUCCUCGCAGGAUCAUAAAUAUGGAGCUGGAAUGGGCUUUGGAAGUGUUUUCUUACAAUGGUCUCCACAAAGGGAGAAAUUUGGACUCUUGAAUGUGAAAAAAGAGCUCUUUCCCUCAGCACACUAUGGCAUCAAUCUCAAGAGGAGAUGCAUCUGGAAAAUUGCUUAGUCCUAAGAUAAGAUCUGCUAAGUUGCUUGAAGUUCUGAAUUCUCUGGAAGAUGAGUCUACCAAAGAGAAAGAAAUUAUAUUCAUCUCACCACCUGAUAAUGCCGUAGGAGACUUCACUGAUGAGGACUCAGGAGAUGAAGAGGGACAUAAAGGAGGGAAUUUGCCUGGAAGCAUGCUACAUGCUACUGUGAUAUCUGAGGGUUCUGAUACUGGGGAGGACAAUGAAGAACUUGAACUACAACCAGCAAGAAAGAGACAGAAGAGAAUUGCUGAACUAAGGAGGAUUUGGACCAAAAGAGAUAUUAGACCUGAUUUUGUAAGUUGGUCUGCAUCAGAUCCUCAUAUUGAGUAUCUUAAGAGUCAGGAAUUGAGCCCAGUUGGACUUUUUGAAUUGUUUUUUGAUGAAGGAACAAUUAAUUUCAUUGUUAGUGAAACCAAUCGUUAUGCUUGGCAGAAAAAUGUCAACUUAGAUCUUACAGCCCAGGAAUUAAAGUGUGUUUUGGGUAUACUGAUUCUGAGUGGUUAUAUUUCUUAUCCUAGAAGGAGAAUGUUUUGGGAAACAUCUCCUGAUUCACAUCAUCACCUUGUUGCUGAUGCAAUUAGAAGGGACAGAUUUGAAUUAAUAUUUUCAUACUUACACUUUGCUGAUAACAGUGAACUUGAUGAGAGUGAUAGAUUUGCAAAAGUAAGGCCUCUCAUAAUUUUGAUGAAUCAGAAUUUCCAAAAGCAUGCUCCUUUAGAGGAAUAUUAUAGCUUUGGUGAAUCCAUGUGUGAAUAUUUUGGACAUCGUGGAUCUAAGCAUUUGCACAAGGGCAAACCCAUUCGAUUUGGGUAUAAGAUUUGGUGUGGAACAACUAGCAGAGGGUAUUUAGUCUGGUUUGAGCCCUCUCAGGGAACAUUAUUCACAAAACCAGAAAAAGAUAUAGAUUUAGGAGGAAGUAUGGUGAUAAAAUUUGUAGAUGCACUUCAGGCACGAGGCUGUCUGCCAUAUCAUAUUUAUUUUGACAAAAUUUUUACAAGUGUCAAAUUAAUGUCAAUUUUGAGGGAAAAGGGGGUUAAAGCCACGGGAACUGUCCAUGAAUACAUGACUGAAAAAUGCCCAUUCAAAGAUCCGAAAGAUUUUAAAAAAAUAACAAAAGGCUCAUUUGAUUACAAAGUGGAGGAAAGUGAGAAAAUCAUUGUAUGCCGUUGGCAUGACAGCAGUAUUACUGAUGUAUGUUCCAAUGCAGUUGGAAUAGAAUCUGUAAAACUAACAAAUUGUAAUUCAAGUGCAUCUAAAACUAGUACUCGGGUACAUCAGCCAUCAUUGGUGAGGUUGUACAAUGAGAAGAUAGGAGGUGUUGCCAAAAUGGACCAAAAUAUUUCCAAAUAUAAGGUGAAAAUUAGAGGAAUGAAAUGGUAUUCUACCUUUAUAAGUUACAUUAUUGAUGUGGCUCUAAAUAAUGCAUGGCAACUUCACAGAAUCUGUAAUGAAGAGACUCAGGUAGAUCUUUUGGCUUUCAGAAGAUACAUUGCUUGUGUUUAUUUGGAAAGCAAUGCUGACAUGUCAUCCCAAGGAAGAAGAAGUAGACGUUUAGAAACAGAGAGCAGAUUUGACAUGAUUGGUCAUUGGAUCGUUCACCAGGAUAAACGAACCCGAUGUGCACUUUGCCAUUCUCAAACAAAUACCAGAUGUGAAAAAUGCCAGAAAGGUGUUCAUGCAAAAUGUUUCAGAGAAUAUCAUAUAAAGUAAUCACAUGAUGAACUUGCAUUAAAAAAAAUGAUUUACAGUCCACCAAAGUGUAACAUAUUAGAGUUUAUUUAUAUAUAUUAAGAUUUGUUUCAUUAAUAUGUAAUAACAUUCAAUUAUGUAUAGUAGUUAGAGUAGUAGUUCCAUUCUUGUAUAUUGAAAAAUGUUUUUGGAUUUGACUUUCUAAAGGUUUGUUUUUUGCAUUAUUUGUUCUCUUCAUUUCAUCAUUUACUUUUUUUCCCCAAAUAAAAAUCCCAUUUUUGGUCUCUUA